GUAAAACUCACCUGACAGUGUAUUCCACAUGCUGGUGGUCCCAGAAUCAGACGUGUCCUCAUGAAGACCCCUCCUCUUCUCCUGCUCCUCUAUGCGGGAACGUUCGCCAUCAGUUCAGCGUUGCAGAUCAGUGAUGGUCAAACCUGUAGAGCGAGAGCUGGCCUUACUGCAGAACAAUGCACUAUGGACAGACCCACACAGAGCUUCCUGACGUGUGCCGGCGUCCCUCCAGAACCCGCAGCAGAGCACAUGCAGAAGCUGAAGGAGCUGAUCAGCGCUGCUCUGGACAUCUACUCAUUCAUGAGAUCCAGCGUGUCCGGUGUUCCCGUGCUGGAUCUCUCUGGAGGCUUCAGUGUGCAGGAGGAUCUCGGCAUCAGAGCGUGGCUGGACAUCAAACUGACACCUCUGCUGUCCUCCAUCUCCAGAAACCUCCUCACAUGCCUCAGCAACAGAAACUUCAGCUGCAGCACCUACCAGACUGUAGUUCAGGAGUUAAGUCAGCAUUUCUCCAGUCUGGAUCCAGUGAGACAGAAGUGGAUCUAUUCUUUCUUCAUGUACCCGUUCCUCUCCAGAAACACGUCCUCAGGUUGUGUAGAUCCAGAAGCCAGCACCGAAGACUGGCUCUUGAAGAACUUUGGUUCCUUCUCUGUGAUGGCUCAGGUGAAAGACUUCUCAUCCAUCAACCUGCUCUUCAGCGGGCUGGAAGUUUUGCACCUCUUGAGUCCAGAACAGAAGGCAGAGCUUCUCCUUCACCCAGAGGUGAUAGGUUUGUCCAACAGCUCCCUCAGCCUGGUGUUUCAGAGUUUGAUGUCAUCUCUGAUGCCCUCCGGGAAUCCAUGGCCUUCAAAUAAUGGCACAACACUUUACAUGAGCACCUCCUCGGGCCAAGACCCCCUCGGACAGGCAAUGAACGACUUCAUGACAGCAUUUAGACCAGUCGGGAGUUUCGUUAAACAGUUUGUGUCCUUGACACAGCAGCCAAACUUGAGCAGCAUGCGGAGCGCCACGCUGGUGCAGGCCAUAAUGAACCUGACGCUGGCAGAGAUGGCCGCCCCAUUUAAGCAGAGUUACACCCAACAACAGCAGCAGGAUCCGGUCGCUUUUGACCCCAUGAACGUUCAUGACUGGUACACGCAUGUGGUUUCUCCAAUACUGCGGCGAUUCCUUCCUCAAGACCAGAUAGAAAUCUACCCUAACCUCACCACUGUCUUCCAUAACCUGUUCUACAUUGAGACAGGAAUGGGGACUGGGGCCCAGAAUGAAUCUCAGGACAUUUGCAGUGUAUUUAUUGAUAACAGAACAUGUGGGAUGACGGACCUGGUGGAGCAUGUGGCCACAGUUCUGCACUGUGCAUCGGGCUCGAACCUCACGCUGAACCAGGAGACACUCUCCAACGUCCUCCUGUAUCUGUCCCAGAACCUGGAUGCUCUUCUGCAGCAGCUCUCCACCACUAACUUCAGUUCCCAGAGUUCCCCCUUCAGUGACAUCGUGGGUCAGAUCUCAGCUGACGCCUUCCCCAUCAGCAACCUGCAGGAUGAGGUGUUUGUGGAGUUGUGGUUUGAAGUCAAGCUGAAGCCUCUGCUCUCCAUCCUGACUCCUGAAUAUCUUACAUGCCUCAGUUAUAAAGAGUUCAGCUGUCAAACCUUCCAGAUUCUUGUUUUAGGUCUCAGUCACAACAGACCCCUGAUAUCAGAUGAAGGUGCGCAGAAUGUUUAUCAGUAUUUCAUCUCAUCCUUCCUGAGCCAACAGAAUGUUUCAGGUGGCUGUCCCGCUGAGAACAGCAGUGUCUGGAUCAUUCUGAAUCUUGGGGAAUUUUCACAUUUUGCAACACUGAGUGAAAUGUACCAGCUGAACCCAGCCUUCAACGCUAUAGAUGCGCUGCCGGUUCUCUCCCCCAACCAGACAGCUGAACUGAUAGUUGAGACUUUUGCAGGUCUUCCAGAGAAAAGUGUCAUCAUUAUCAUGGUUUUUGAUUACGUGCUGAUCUCUCCUGAGGACCGUGGUCUGCUUGAGAUGCUUCAAUAUCUCAUUGUACUCGCUGAUGAGGUGGGUUUGGAGUGUGCAUCAUACCAGCAGAUCAUUCAGAGGCUGCAGGAAACUGUGUUACCUACAAACAUGAUGCAAACCAUCAAGGAUGACAUGAAUCAGCUGAAAACAAUAGCACCUGAGGUGUGUUUCCCCCCACGUGUUAUGUGUAUUUCAACUCCAAUUAAUGAAACUUCAAUUUGUGAUGGAAUCAGCAGUAAUGAGACUCUCCUGUCUGCGGCUCUCGUCAGCGCCCCCUGUAGAGUCAACCUGCAGCAGUACGCUUGUUCUUCGCUCACAGGACUCACGGCUGAGGUUCUGGCUGACCUCCUGACCUGUCAGCUGUCCAGCAACAGCAGUUACUCCUCGGAGAUCUGGAAGCUGCUCUUCACCAAAGCCAAUCACCUUCUGGAUGGAGCCCUCGCCAUCUUCUCCAGCGCAGCAGCAAAUACGUCUCAGCCAAUCAGCAGCGACGCCCUGUCCAAUGCACUGGAUGUAGUGUGGGAGCUGAGACUGGAGAGCGUCAGUGAUGACCAAUGGAGAAACGCUUCCGUCAUCAGCACACUGUUCAGUCAAAACCUCAAGCCGUUUUUAGCGUCUGCGUCACCAUCCCUACUGCAGUGCGCUAGCAGCAAAAACCUCACCUGCCAAACUUACCAGCUCAUACUCACAGAGUUCCCGCUUGUCAGUGAGACGCAAGGAACAAACAUGGUGGAGUUCUUCAUCUUGCCCUUCCUCAGGAGCAACACGACAGACACAGGUUGUGUGUCCUCGGCUAACAGCAGCUCAGAGUGGCUACAGAAGAACUUUGGCUCAUUCUCUAAGUUUGUUAGUCUCUCAGUUCUGCUCUCCAUCAACGGAAAGUUCAGUCCGUUGGAGAGUCUGGUAGAUCUGUCUCCAGGUCAGAUGGCUGGACUGAUGGCUGAAGGUCUGCCUGGUCUUCCAGAGAUUGUGGUCAUCAAUACGGUAUUUGAUUAUCUGCUGGUGUCUCCUGAGGAACGAGGACUUCCUGCUGUUCUUCAAGAACUGCUCUUAAUCUCAGAGAAGGUCUCUAUCUCCUGCAGCUCCUACACACUGAUAUUUGAGAGUCUGUUUAAGGCUCUACCUUCCCUGUCUUCACAAGUGGAGACUCUGGUUUACUACACAACUGAAGAACUCAAGCAGACUGGAGCCAGAGGCUGCUCGCUUCCUCCACCGCCAACAUGUCUGUUCACUCCUCUGAAUGUUACCAGCGUUUGUUCAGGAGUCAUCAGUAAUGAGACUCUCCUGUCUGCGGCUCUCGUCAGCGCCCCCUGUAGAGUCAACCUGCAGCAGUACGCUUGUUCUUCGCUCACAGGACUCACGGCUGAGGAUCUGGCUGACCUCCUGACCUGUCAGCUGUCCAGCAACAGCAGUUACUCCACGGAGAUCUGGAAGCUGCUCUUCACCAAAGCCAAUCACCUUCUGGAUGGAGCCCUCGCCAUCUUCUCCAGCGCAGCAGCAAAUACGUCUCAGCCAAUCAGCAGCGACGCCCUGUCCAAUGCACUGGAUGUAGUGUGGGAGCUGAGACUGGAGAGCGUCAGUGAUGACCAAUGGAGAAACGCUUCCGUCAUCAGCACACUGUUCAGUCAAAACCUCAAGCCGUUUUUAGCGUCUGCGUCACCAUCCCUACUGCAGUGCGCUAGCAGCAAAAACCUCACCUGCCAAACUUACCAGCUCCUACUCACAGAGUUCCCGCUUGUCAGUGAGACGCAAGGAAAAAACAUGGUGGAGUUCUUCAUCUUGCCCUUCCUCAGGAGCAACACGACAGACACAGGUUGUGUGUCCUCGGCUAACAGCAGCUCAGAGUGGCUACAGAAGAACUUUGGCUCAUUCUCUAAGUUUGUUAGUCUCUCAGUUCUGCUCUCCAUCAACGGAAAGUUCAGUCCGUUGGAGAGUCUGGUAGAUCUGUCUCCAGGUCAGAUGGCUGGACUGAUGGCUGAAGGUCUGCCUGGUCUUCCAGAGAUUGUGGUCAUCAAUACGGUAUUUGAUUAUCUGCUGGUGUCUCCUGAGGAACGAGGACUUCCUGCUGUUCUUCAAGAACUGCUCUUAAUCUCAGAGAAGGUCUCUAUCUCCUGCAGCUCCUACACACUGAUAUUUGAGAGUCUGUUUAAGGCUCUACCUUCCCUGUCUUCACAAGUGGAGACUCUGGUUUACUACACAACUGAAGAACUCAAGCAGACUGGAGCCAGAGGCUGCUCGCUUCCUCCACCGCCAACAUGUCUGUUCACUCCUCUGAAUGUUACCAGCGUUUGUUCAGGAGUCAUCAGUAAUGAGACUCUCCUGUCUGCGGCUGUCGUCAGCGCCCCCUGUGGAGUCAACCUGCAGCAGUACGCUUGUUCUUCGCUCACAGGACUCACGGCUGAGGAUCUGGCUGACCUCCUGACCUGUCAGCUGUCCAGCAACAGCAGUUACUCCACGGAGAUCUGGAAGCUGCUCUUCACCAAAGCCAAUCACCUUCUGGAUAGAGCCCUCGCCAUCUUCUCCAGCGCAGCAGCAAAUACGUCUCAGCCAAUCAGCAGCGACGCCCUGUCCAAUGCACUGGAUGUAGUGUGGGAGCUGAGACUGGAGAGCGUCAGUGAUGACCAAUGGAGAAACGCUUCCGUCAUCAGCACACUGUUCAGUCAAAACCUCAAGCCGUUUUUAGCGUCUGCGUCACCAUCCCUACUGCAGUGCGCUAGCAGCAAAAACCUCACCUGCCAAACUUACCAGCUCCUACUCACAGAGUUCCCGCUUGUCAGUGAGACGCAAGGAAAAAACAUGGUGGAGUUCUUCAUCUUGCCCUUCCUCAGGAGCAACACGACAGACACAGGUUGUGUUUCCUCGUCUAACAGCAGCUCAGAGUGGCUACAGAAGAACUUUGGCUCAUUCUCUAAGUUUGUUAGUCUCUCAGUUCUGCUCUCCAUCAACGGAAAGUUCAGUCCGUUGGAGAGUCUGGUAGAUCUGUCUCCAGGUCAGAUGGCUGGACUGAUGGCUGAAGGUCUGCCUGGUCUUCCAGAGAUUGUGGUCAUCAAUACGGUAUUUGAUUAUCUGCUGGUGUCUCCUGAGGAACGAGGACUUCCUGCUGUUCUUCAAGAACUGCUCUUAAUCUCAGAGAAGGUCUCUAUCUCCUGCAGCUCCUACACACUGAUAUUUGAGAGUCUGUUUAAGGCUCUACCUUCCCUGUCUUCACAAGUGGAGACUCUGGUUUACUACACAACUGAAGAACUCAAGCAGACUGGAGCCAGAGGCUGCUCGCUUCCUCCACCGCCAACAUGUCUGUUCACUCCUCUGAAUGUUACCAGCGUUUGUUCAGGAGUCAUCAGUAAUGAGACUCUCCUGUCUGCGGCUCUCGUCAGUGCCCCCUGUGGAGUCAACCUGCAGCAGUACGCUUGUUCUUCGCUCACAGGACUCACGGCUGAGGUUCUGGCUGACCUCCUGACCUGUCAGCUGUCCAGCAACAGCAGUUACUCCACGGAGAUCUGGAAGCUGCUCUUCACCAAAGCCAAUCACCUUCUGGAUAGAGCCCUCGCCAUCUUCUCCAGCGCAGCAGCAAAUACGUCUCAGCCAAUCAGCAGCGACGCCCUGUCCAAUGCACUGGAUGUAGUGUGGGAGCUGAGACUGGAGAGCGUCAGUGAUGACCAAUGGAGAAACGCUUCCGUCAUCAGCACACUGUUCAGUCAAAACCUCAAGCCGUUUUAG